UUCGAUAUGUUUUCUAAAAAUAUAUUUCCAACUAAAGUAAAUAGGUACCUACAGUGUGUGGCGCCAUUGUGUUUACUAAACAAACGUAGGUACGUGGACGUGUAGUGUUGAAUUCAUUAAAAAUGGCAGAGAUGAGUGGAAAACAUAAAACAGUGACAUGUACGUGUUUCCUUGCUAACUUUAAAAUGUCCUCGAUCAAAGAAGAUGAAAAGAAAGAGAUUCCUGAAAUCAUACACGACCCUCAAACCAACUGUUCCUAUCAAAGGUUGCGAUUUUUCGGAAAGGGUGGCUUUGCAAAAUGCUACGAAAUACAGGACUUGGCCAACCACCAAGUUUAUGCUGGCAAAAUUGUGUCAAAGAAGUUGAUGGUGAAGACCAGCCAGAAAGAGAAGAUGGCUCAGGAGAUAUCAAUCCACAGGUCCUUGCAGCACAAGCAUGUGGUUGGCUUCCACAGCUUCUUUGAGGACUCCCUAAACAUAUACAUUAUACUAGAGCUUUGUAAGAGACGGUCAAUGAUGGAGCUUCACAAACGUAGAAAAGCAAUCACCGAGCCGGAGACCCGGUUCUACAUGCAUCAGAUCUUGCUCGGAGUGCAGUACUUGCAUAGCAAGCGGAUCAUCCACCGGGACUUGAAACUCGGCAAUCUGUUCCUUGACGAUGACCUCCAUGUCAAGAUUGGAGAUUUUGGCCUUGCAGCCAGAAUUGAAUAUGAAGGAGAGAGAAAGCAGACUUUAUGCGGCACACCCAACUACAUUGCACCAGAGAUAUUGACGAAGAAGGGCCACUCCUUCGAAGUGGACAUCUGGAGCUUGGGAUGCAUCAUGUACACCCUCCUCGUGGGGAAGCCGCCCUUUGAGACUUCUACACUCAAGGACACCUAUAAGAGGAUCAAGCAGUGUGAAUACAGCGAAGGCGUUGAAUUAGCGCUGCGCCUAUGUUGCGCGGGCCCCUGGCAUAAGUUGGGCUCUCGGUACGCUCAGGCCUUGGUCGAACAUAAAACCGUCUCGCAGCAGUACAGGAUCCCAUCGUCGCUGCGCAAGCCGGCAGCGUCCAUGAUAGUGCUGCAGCUUCAGUCCAACCCGGCGCGGCGGCCGUCGGUGGACAAACUACUGCAGCACGAGUUCUUCUCGUCUGGCAUCCUGCCAGCUGCGCUGCCGGUGUCCUGCCUCACGACCGCGCCUCGUACCGACCAGCUGGAGGGCGUGGCGCUCCACCGCCGCCCGCUCAACGAGGUCAACACCAAUGUAGAUCACGCGAUGGCGGUGGACUCGCCGGUGAAGCGCGAGCCGGGCGCCGAGCCGCGCGCCGUGGAGCCCACGUCGCACCGCCAGAACCUCGUCGCGCUGCGCGACCAACUCGCCGCGCUGCUUGUGGGGAAGCUGAAAUGCCGGCCAGAAUGCCUGACGGACGAGCUCAGCGACCCGGCCGCCCAGCCGCUGGUGUGGGUCGGCAAGUGGGUGGACUACAGCGACAAGUACGGCUUCGGCUACCAGCUCUGCGAUGAGAGCGUCGGCGUCAUGUUCAACGACACCACCAAGCUCAUCAUGCUCGCCAAUGGACUAAAUGUGCAUUACAUCAACCGACAGGGCCAGGAGCAGUACAUGACAAUGCGGGAGUAUCCGCAAGAGCUUGACAAGAAGAUGAAACUACUCACUUACUUCAGAAGAUACAUGACUGAACACCUCAUGAAAGCUGGUGCGUCGAUGCCGGUCAGAGAGAGUGAUGGACUGUCGCGAUUGCCGCAUCUGCACCAGUGGUUCAGAACGACGCUAGCAGUCAUCAUGUACCUCACAAAUGGAACUCUACAGAUUAACUUCCAAGACCACACGAAAAUCAUACUUUGCCCACUCAUGCAAGCAGUGACAUACAUUGACGUCGAGAAGAACUUCAGAACAUUCCGCUUCAGCACAAUUGAAGAGCAUGGCUGUGAUAAGAAGUUAUACACAAACCUUACAUACGCUUUAGAGAAACUAAACAGUGUAUUAGCUAAUAAGCUUUGCUAGCCUUGUGUUGUGACUGCAGGAUAAGUACAUAUGUUAUAUUUAACUAAAUGAAUUGAUGUUGCCCCUUGGGGCAGGCUCUGGAAAAGCCCACUUAGGGUUAGUAUGUCUGGAAGUAGCGGUAUAGCUUCAUACUGCCGUUAGUUUAGUAAAACUUUAUGAUUUUGUUACAGAAGUUUAUAAUCGUCACAAAAAUCAAUUUCGAUGUAGGUGUCAUACCUUUUUUUCUUAUAAUACGUAUGUACUAGCUUAACACUAUUCAUGGAUAUAUUUAUUGUAAUAGCUGUUAUUCACCCCGCAACACAAUAUUGUUGAUCACAAUUUUGUUAAUAAUUCAAUACUUGAUUUUGCAGGUUGAAACUUUUAAAACUUUAUUUAACUAUUUCUUUUGACCAGUUCCAUAGUUCACAUUUUUUGUAUGUUGUUAUUACUAGUGCCUUCAACAUUUCAAUUUAAGUAAGCUUAGGGUAAAUUGUAGUUCUCUGUAUUUGACACUAAUUUAGUAAAUGAGCGAGUGCACCAUGACUGAGGGCCGGGGUGCCGGCAGUUAGCGAUGAUUUGGAGUUAUUUAGUUUUAUAACUAUAUUUUUAUAAAACAUGUUUGUGCUUCAGUAGCAUCGGACUGAAUCUUUCCUGGUCAUUUAAUUUCAUCUUAAUAAUUUGUGGGUUUCUAUAAUAUAGGAUUUGUUCUAAGAUCUAGAUUUUAAUAUAUCAAUUUUGUCACAAGAUGUUUUUAUACAUGAGGAUUCAAUUUGGAAGAUAAAAUGUCAGUAUUAAAAUUUUCGAUGAUGUUGAAGCACUGCCUAUUUGUAACGUAACUUAGAAGUUUCUCAAUGGGGUCUCUUACCUCAUGUAACAUAAUGAACAUUGACAAUAAAAUUAUUACAAAAAGUCA